CUUGAAUACGUGCUUCGAUGUUGCAAUAGUCACAUAUCCUGUGCAAAAAUAUCCCCCGCGUCCUCAUACUGUCUUGAUCAUGCAAGCGUCUUCCCGUUCGCCGGGAAACUUUUCGGAGAGAUCAGGGUGCUCCCUCCUACGCCUCAUGCUCCAGUCAUACCAGCUCAGACUCACCGUUUUCUACAUAAGCAACCGCUGUUCACGUUUAAAAGGGUAAUCAGCAGCAUAAAUUACUGCGAACCUGACAUCGUCACGCACAGAUAACUGCCCGAACCUCCUCCUACUGGAUACAAUCGCCACUUCAUCUGACCCACCAAUCUCACAACCAUGCCUCCCCGUCCCCAGAUAGUAGACGCCCUCAUCAUCGGCGGCGGACCCGCGGGCCUCGCCGCCUCCCUAGCAUACGCCCGCACCCGCACCACAGCCAUCGUCUUUGACUCGCAAUCCUACCGCAACGAAGGCAUAACGCACAUGCAUACGGUACCGUCCCGCGACCACAUCAACCCCUACGAGUUCCGCAGCAUAGCCCGCGAGCAAAUCACCUCGCGCUAUCCUAGCGUGUGGUUCGAGAACGUCACCAUCACGCAAGCCGCGAAGAAGCAGCUGGGCAAGGAAAAUUACGAUGGGUUCGAAGUCACAGAUGGGGAAGGACAGAGCUACCAGGGGAAGAAGCUAAUUCUUGCGACGGGCUCUCGGGACGUGUACCCGGACAUCGAGGGAUUCAAGGAGAACUGGCCACAGCACAUCUACCAGUGUCUCGCGUGCGACGGGUUCGAGCAGCGCGGGAUGCCGAUUGGUAUCCUCGACUGCAGCCCCAAGACGGCGCACUUCACUAACAUGGCGCUCAACUUCGACGCACGUGUUACGGUGCUGACGAACGGUGCUGUGCCCGAGGUUGCAGCUAUCAAGCAGCAACUGAGGAUAUGUGAAGCCUGGGGCGCGAAGGUCGAUUCGAGGAAGAUCAAGCGCCUGGUCAACAACGGUCCUACGCAUGAAGAAGGUGUCACUGUAGAAUUUGAGGAAGGCGAGCCGCUUACCCUAGGCUUCAUCGCAAUAAAGACGGCCACAGUGAACAGGUCGCAGGACCUGAUCGAUCAGCUAGGAGUGGAAUGUGUCGAACCGGCUAUGGGUGGACAUAUCAAAAUCGUAAACCCGAUGUUCAACUCGACAAGUGUGAGAGGUGUUUUUGCUGGCGGUGAUACAUGCGCUCCAAUGAAGCAAGUUACGAUUUCGAUGGCAGAUGGUCUGAAGGCCGCAGCGGGAGCAGGUAUAGAAAUCGCCACCGAAAAGGAGAUGGCUACCCAGAAACUACUGGAGGAAGAUUUUGGUGGAGUAAGUGGUGGGUACGAGGCUUUGUAG